GCACGACCUCGAGAGGGUCGAAAAACCACUUCAAGGGCCAGUGCCGCCCGUGCCGCUUCCACUUGGCCCCCGAGAGCUGCCCCCCCGGCGAGGACUGCAACUUCUGCCACUUCCCCCACAGCGGCCUGAAGUUCGCCCAGAUGGAAGCCUUCAGUGCCAGGGCCAAGGGGCCCAGGCCGCGCACCAGGACGGGGUCGAUGGAGGGCCAGCCCCGUCAGCGGCUUUCCCUGUGCAACCACCUGGACUUGGUGGGCUCCUGGAGCGGCCGCCAGCAGCCUGCCAGCAGCAACAUCGUCAGCUUCGUCAGCGGGGGCGAGCUCGUGGAGGCGCCCGUUUGCGGAGCCGCGCGGCGGGACUUCGGCGCCGAGGGCAGAGAGCUGCUCAAGGCGAUCCUCCUCAGCGCGCAGCCCGACCACUACGAAGACUGA